AUGGUUGAAGUGGAAGCCGUCGGGCAAGAGGGAGGCAGAAUGGAGGUGGAGGGGAGCGAAGAGAAAGAGCCGAUCAGCACAGGGAGCUAUGCAAGACUUGAUGAAUAUGGUGGAACUCAGGCAGAGAAGGACCAGGCGGAAGAAGUUGACGCCGAAGCUGAUAAGGAUGAAGGCGAACGGGGCGGCGACGGGGAAAAUCAGGGGACCGAAGAGCAAGAGGUCAAUUUCCCCUACGCGAGAAUCAAAAGAAUCAUGAGGAAAAAUCCUGACAAGAAGAAGAAUUACAGCAGAGAAACCAUCCAUGCGAUGACUGUUUGCACAGAAUUGUUCCUGGUCGAAAUUUCCAAGCAAGCGCACAGCUUGACUAUGGAUAGGAAGCGUAAGACAAUGCAGUUGCAGGACAUUGGUGACUGCAUCAAGUCAAUCCCUCGUUUCGAGUUUCUGGACGGGCCUGGCAUCCUACCUGAGAUGUCUCAGAAGAAGAUGAAGACCGACAAGGCUCAACAGGCAGCGAAUCAGGGAGGCAACCAGGAAGCCAACCAGGGAACAGCUCAGGAGGGAGCGAGCCAGGAGGGCAAGCAAGCAGCAACCCAAGAGGCGAGUGCCGUGAGUGAAUCAGCAACGGGCGGCGAGGGAGCAGGGAAUGCUAUUCAGUCCAAUCAGAUGCAGGCAGCGAGUGAUGCCAACCCAAGUGCUUCGGAGACAGGCAAGGAGCAACCGCAACCUGCUGUCCAGAAGGAGCCUGAGAGCUCCAACGCUGCUGAUACUGAGAGUGGCGACAAGAAAGCAGCUGCCGAUCAGCCUCGCUCGAAUGAUGCUCAGAUGGAUGCAAGCAGAUCAGAACCAGAGGCCCUUCAAGAGAAAACAGCAGAGAUAGAGAGCCAAAACAGCGGAACCCAACAAGAGAAGGCAGUUGAGGAAUCGAAUCAAUGA